CGUACGAGAUCGUUGCCUCACACCCUGGGCUGAUCCGGAACACGAGUGCACAGCGUCAGGCGGGUGCUGGAUUCCUGCCAGUGCCCGUUUGCCGGAGCUUGCACGAGAAGUCCUCCAGCAAUGCAGCAAGGAGCAAGGCAAGCGUCGCUUUUGGAGUCGAUUCAGUCAGCUGCCCCGCCCGAGAUCCAGUCGCUGAUCGCCAAGGACCAAGGAGGAUAUGCCACCGGUGGCUUCAAAGCCGGAUACUGAGAGCAAAAAGACAGAGGCUUCUAGCCUGGCCCCGCUGGUUGCUCCUGCACCGGUCAAGGAGAAGUCAGCCGAGGCUACUGUGUUGCCAUCUAAGGCCUGAGAAGUCCAGCAAAGCCUGAGAAGUCAGCGUUGCCUGCCUUUGCACCAGAAACCAAGAAGGCGCAGGAUCUGGCAGUUGCCCCAGCAAAGGAUGCCGUAGGUUCAAGCCGCAGAUGCCAUCGGCCAUUACCACGAGGCCUCAACCAGUGACGGUGCGGGCACUGACGGCCGGCCAGUCGCAGUUACCGCAGUUCUCGUUUACACUCCAAGUACCGGAGUUGGCCAAGACCCCAGUGAAGCGCAAGAUCUCCCAGAUGGACGCGUCUGAGCUCCCGGCCUUUGAUUUCACUCUAGGAGUAAAGCGGCAAGCGGUUGACCCGCCAAAGUCUACGGCAGCCACUGCCACGCCACCUGUGCAGGACCCUUGGAACCAGCCCGCAGCAGCGAAGAGCAACCAGUGGAAGUGCUCCAUCUGCGACUGCGUGAGUCCCGAUUCGGCAGACAAAUGCAUUGUCUGUGAGGGUCCAAAGCCCACGUCUGCCCCUGCUGCGAAGACCUUGCCUGCUUCUGUUGAGAACCCGGUGCAGGAUCUUUGGAGCCAGCCUGCAGCAGUGAAGAACGGUCAGUGGAAGUGCAGUGUUUGUGACCUGCUGAGUCCCGACUCUGCCGACAAAUGUACUGUCUGUGAGGCUCCGAAGCCCGGACCAACUCCAGUUGCUCCUACUCCUGCUCCCGCUCCGGACUGCCCCGAUAAACGAUGUGUGGAAGCAAGCCUAUGGUGAAGAGUGGUGAGUGGGUUUGCUCGCUGUGCAGUCUCAAGAGCCCCGGACUCUGCUGACAAAUGCAUCGUCUGCGAGGCUCCGAAGC